CGUCCUGGUGGUGAGCUGAGUCGCUCUGCUUUCAGCUCGAGGGAAAAAAAUGGAAGAGUGGGUAGUGGAAGGGAUUGCUGGGUUUUUGAGCAGCCCGUGUUGGAUUAUUCCAGUCACUGAUUUUAUCGAACACAAUUGUGCGGUUUUUGAUGAUGAAGAAGAAAACAAGUUAUCUUAUACAGAAAUCCACCAGGAUUACAAGGAUUUGGUUGAACACUUGCUAGAAGGCUACCUUCAAGAUGUUGGGAUCCAGGAAGACCAGUUUUUGGAAGCCUGCAAUUCUCCACUUGCACAGUCUGAAUCAUUUCGGCCUGUCUUCCAACCAGUACUUGCUGCAGAAGAUUUUCAAGUCUUUAAGUCAUUGAUGUUACAGAAAAAUGUAGAAUUGCAAUUACAAGCUCUUCGAAUGAUUCAGGAGAGAAAUGGAGUUCUACCUGAAUGUUUGACAGAUGGAGAGGAUAAGAUCAGUGAACUGGAGCAACAGGAACUUAGGAUAUUGAGAGAGGUGCUGAAACAAUCUAAAGAUGAAUAUGAACAAGAGAUGGCAAAAAGAUGUGCUGUAGAAACAGGAGCCAAAGAUGGAGCAGUAAUACAAAGUGAAUUAGAGAAAGCAAUCGUGGAAAAUGCGGAAGAAGAAGCAGCACGACUAUCCAGACAACACCAACGAGGAAAAAUGAAUUUGGAACGGGCUGUUCAGAAAUCUUUACAAAAGAGAGCAUCAACAAGAGAAGAUGCAGUUGCAUCCACAAGUAACCUAGAUGAGGAAUCUACAAACUCUUUAAACACUUUAGAGCAGUUACCAGAAGCCAUAUCCUCAAGCAAGAUGGCGACUAAUCACCAAUGCAGCUUUUCAGGACAAAACAACAGAAUAUCCAGAGAAGUAUUAGGACCAGUACGAGCCCCACCGAAAGGAGAAUUACCCUUGCCUUCAGAAUCAAUAGAAAAAAAGACAAACCAAAGUGAUGCAGCAGAGAUAUGGCUACAGCAGGCAAAAAAGGAAGCUGGUAUUUUGGGAUCUGUUUUAGAACUUUCUGAGAAUGAGAGGAAGCAACUUCAUGAACGAGCAGCAUAUCUUAAAGAACAGCGAGAUAAAUUGGUGGCAAUGAAAAAAGAACAGAGAGAGAAACAUCUACCAAAAAAUCCUGAAACUCUGAAUGCACCACCCACACUAAAAACCAAAGAGCUAUCUGAAGAAGAAAAGCAGAAAAUUCAGAAAAGGAAACAUCUGGCAGAAAAGCUUAAACAGGAAGUUAUCAAAAAAUGAAAUGUGGACAACAGACUACAAAAUCCAUAAUUUUAAUUGAGAGAUCUUUGAGUACA